CAAAGUAUUUGCCCCGGCUGGCUUCGAACCUUAAUCCUCCUGAUCUGUCUCCUAAAUAGCUAGGAUUGCAGGUAUGAGCCACCAGUGCCUGGCAAGAAGUAUAAAUCUUAACUAAGAACAGUGACUGGUUCUCAGACUUUAGUGUGGAUCAGAAUCAUUUGGAGGUCUUAUUAAACCAAAAUACUCAGUCUCCCUUCUCCCUCCCCAAUUUCUGAUUGUGUAGCCAGUAAGUUCUAGUGAUGAUAAUGUUGAUACUGCUGGUUUGAGGGCUAUAGUUUUAGAGCCACUGUAAACGGAUUGGAGAGAAGUGAAUUAGGUAGAGGAAUUUAAGGAAGGGAUCACAGUGAUCUGUUCAUCUCCUGAUGUUUUUGUUGAUUGUGCCUGUACAGCUUGGUCUUUGUUUUAUUUUUUUUGGUGGUACUGGGAUUUGAACUCAGAGCCUCACGCUUGCUAGGCAGGUGCUCUACCACUUGAACCACUCCAUCAGUCGUUAUUUCUCUUUCAGACUAAUAAUUAUAUAAUCCAGAGUUUAAACUCUUUAAGGAAAUUGAUAUCCACAGACUUUGGACAUACGAAUGUAGUGAAGUGUAUAUUUCUUAGAAUUUUCUACAAUCAGUGCCUGAGUAUUGGAGUCUGUUUGGCAGCUACUGACAGUGACAUCUGUACUACUCAGUGACCAAGAGUACAGUGGAGGGUAUCACAUAACUAACAUAAGGUAAAGUACAUCUGUUUUAGGUGUGUGACUCAGUAAAUCUUCUUUUAGUUGAGGUAUAAUUUAUUUCCAAUAAAAUGAACAGAUGUUACUGAAAUAGUUUAAUGAAUUCUGAUGCUUAUUUAACCAUGUAACCCACCCCAGUCAAGAUUUAAAACAUUUUCAUCAUCCAGAAAAUUCCCAUAGGCCCUGUUUUCCUUUCUCUAUACCUUAGAGAAUUCCUUUUCUAAUUUAUGUUACCAUAAUUUAGUUGUGACCAAUCCUGGCAUAGUGGUACGUGCUUGUAAUCUCAGGGCUCUGAGGCAGGAAGAUAGUGAGUUCAGGGUCACCCUUGGCUACAUAAUGAAACCUUGGCUCAGAAAACAAAAAUGCCACAAAACCCCUUAAAAAUCAUGUUCAUGAUUUGUUUUAAAACAUAUCAGCUAUCAACAAGAUCAAAAUACAGAGCAUCUCAUGCCUUCCAGCAGCCUCCUUUUUCCCUCCCUCCCAGUUUAUAUCUUCCCCACUAUAUUGACAUGACAUCCACUAGAGAUUAAUUGUGUAAGUCUUUAAGUCUUUGCAUCAUCUGGUUUGGAUUUUUGUUUGUUUCCUCUCCUAUGUUGCCUAGCCUGGUCUUAAACUUAUGGACUCAAAAGUGAUUCUUCUGCCUCCCAAGCAGCUGGGACUACACUGCAUCAUCGCUUGUAUCAAGCAGUAGUUGCUUUUUCUGCAUCUCUCUCUACACACAACACACACAUACGUACAUACAUACAUACACACACACACAUGUUUACAUGCAUAUAUAACAUUUUACUGUUACUGGUCAGAUUUUUUCAGACUUUUAAUUUUUUCUUGUAUAAAUAUACUGUGUUGUAGCCAAAGCUGGAGAUAGAUGCUCUGCAUGGAGACUCUGGUGUGUAUUUUUACAAGAUGGCUAGUGAAUUACUGAUGAGGAUACUUGAUGAACAUGAUCUUUUCCCAGAGGUUGGGGGUAGGUCUUGGAGAUGACCUUGUCCAAGUUUCCCAGGAUGGCAGAAUAGCCCCUGGUUGAAUUGUAACAGUUGUCAAUAUCAGUCAUCAUCAGCAGCUUCUUGGGCACAGAAGCUGAGACAGUACCAGUUCCUCUGGGGGUAGGGUUGAGGUAUACACCAGCAUAGAACCUCAGCUGCCUGUUUCCUUGCAUGGAUCAGCAUGAGGCUUGACAAUCUAGGAACAAUGGAGAGCUUGGCCAAAUGAUGACCCCCUUGGAUGUUGGGGCUACAUCCUUGGAGCACCUAACAUGCAGAGUGAUGUUGACAAUUGUAGUCUCUGAUGAUGACAAAUGCCUUGAACCUGGUCAGCUGGCCAAUGUGAAUCUGCUUGGCCACAUCUUGCUGAUGCAAGGUCACUUGCAUCAGCAUGUGUUCAAAACCUCAUCGUAGAGAGUUUGGUCCCGGGAAAACAUCAAUAAUCGUAGACUCCUUGAUGGGCAGGGAGAAAAGAUAGCUCUUCUCCAGGGACUUGACCUUCAUAUCCUUGACCAAGUGGCCCAUGUUGGUGAUGAGGACCAUACCCUUGUCAUCAUCCUUGCCUCAGUGAGCCCUAGGCCCCAGUUUUGACCACAGUUAUUAAUGUGUCUCCAGAGGUCCAGAAGCUGCUGUGGCCUUCCACAUCCUGGGCCCUCCUGUUGUACCAGUGUCACCUACCAUUUGGCAUUUUCCUGGUUUUCAGCUUUGGGCUAUUCUCAGUAAAAACUGCUGUGAACAUUAUAAAGUGCUAGUAUCUUUUUGGUGUAUCAGAAAUGUAAUUGAUGGGUAAUAGGGUAUAAUAUAUGUCUCACUUUUGUAGGUAACAACCAAGUACCUUCUUAAGGUGGUUUUACCAAUUUACAUUUCAGCUAUCAGUAUUUGAGAGUGCUUGCUGCUCCAUAUCUUUGUUAAAAAUACAUGUUGGUUGUUUUUAUUUCAGUUAUUUGAGUGGGAUGUAGUGGUAUCUCAUUGUGGUUAUAAUUUGAAUUUCCUUGGUGGCAAAAAAUGCUGAAGAUGUUUUCAUGUGCUUAUGUUGGUACACAAGUUAAAUCCUAGUGAUGUAACUUGGAAUCAUUUGCAAGGUUUUAAAAAUAGAUUAGGGAAAUUAGCCCAUUGUGAUAUGAUUCAAAAGGGUUUUUUUUUAAAACCUAUUUAUAAUAUUUUUUGGUUUGUUUGUACAUUUAUUUAUUGGUGGUACUGGGAUUUGUACUCAGCUUUGCACCACGUAGUCAGGUGCUCUACUAUCUGAGACAAGCCUACACCCUUUUGGAGAUUUUCACAUUUUGCCCAGGUCGACAUUGACUGUAAUCCUCCUAUUAUAAGCUUCCCAUCACCAAACACAGCUUGUGAGAUGAGGGUCUCAAAAACUAUUUUGCCUGGGCUAGUCUGGAGCAGUAAUUCUCCUGAUCUCAGCCUCCUGUGUAGAUGGGAUGACAGGCGUGUCACUCCCAGCUAGUAAUUGAGGUGGUCUGGGGCAUUUGAAUUUUUUGCCCAGCUGGCCUCCAACUGUGAUCCUCCCCAUCUCAGCAUUUCAAGUAGCUAAGGUUACAGGUAUGGGCCACUGGAGUCUGGCUAUGUGUUUUUUUUUUUAAACUUUUGACUAACAUAAAAGUCAUACAAUUAGCAAAGUUUAAACGAGUAAUUUGGUCACAUUUGUUACUCUUUCUAACUUGUUUCUGAGUUUUAUGGAAUGCAUUUGAAAAUUGCCUUCUCCUUUUUGAGUUUAUUGGCUGAAGUGUUUUCCUUUGACUCACCGGUAUUUCUCCCCUCUUUUUACCCUUUUUUUGUGGGACUGGAGUUUAAAUCCAGGGCCUUGUGCUUGGAGUGCUCUACCGCUUGAGCCACACUUCAGUCCAUUUUGUUCUGUUUAUUUUGUAGAUGUCCAGAUAAUUCUCAAGUGGCAAUCCUCCCAAUCUCAGCUUCCUAAGUAACUAGGAUUUCAGGUAUAAGUCCUUUUGGCUGGUUUCACCUAUGUCCAGUGAAGAGUGCGGGUUGGGAGUAUUUCUUGUACGAAUCCAGAGACCUAAAAGCUAUGGGUAAUGUGCCCUUAAGUGAUUCUGCAUCUGAAGACCUCUACUAUUUUUUCAUUCUAGGUUUAGGAAUCUUUGUAAACAAGGUUAAAAGAUUGGCCCACUGUCUCAGGUUUUCUUCCAGGAUAUUGACUGCUACUCUCUAGUUGAUUCUGCUUGUAUCUGUACAGAUGGUAAUAAUGGCUUACCAGUCAGACGGCACUAAUUGUAAGGUUGAGUUUUACAAUUGAUGAAUACAUUUUGAAAUAAAAAAUAAUACUUUUUCCAGAUUGAUCUGCUUAUUGCCCUGGCUGGAGAUAAAAUAUUUAUCUUGUUCAAUAACUAUAGUUUGUGUGUUAAAUUUAGAGAAAGAAAAAAAUACUCAAUCAUAUGUAGCUAAACUAUUCACUGCCUUCUAAACACUGCCUUGGCAAUACUGCUUGGGGGAAAUCACUCUGGUGCUAAUGAUCUCUUUAUAGUAAUUCCCUUUUAUGUAGGGUUUUACAUGGCUAUUGAUGAGUUAAGAAUCUUAUACUUGGAUUUUAUAAAUUGAAAAAUGUAGUUAACCUGACUCAUAUUGUACAUAAAUAAUUUGAGGUAGAUGUGGGAAAUAAUCAUUUUGCCUCCUGCUUGUAAAAAUCUGUUUUCAAUCAGGAUUUUUGGGGAAGGAAAUCUUAAAGGUCACAGACUAGCUAAAAUAAUUACAUAAAAAGUGAGGAUAGGUAAAACUUGCCAAAGGGUUAUCUAAGAUGCUAGGCAAAACCAUCAGGAAAACUGGAAAACAUAUCUAAAGAUAAAACAGAAAUAUAAAAAUAGAAAAUUGUGUUAAGCAAUAAUGUUAAGCAUUUAUCAAAUUUCCCCAAGGAAGAAAACAAAAAACCUGUGUGCUUGUAUACCUUUAAUAUAUCUCAGAUCCUUAACUGGCUUUGCUUGUUCAGUAGGCAAUAUAUACUUUAAAAUUUUUUUUACAUUUCUAGAAAAUGUUUAGGCCUUUAAAUAUCUUCUGUGAUGUAGAACUUUUUCAGAUAGCAAAGCGUAAUUGAGAGCUUGAUGGAAAAGGAGACUUUACCUCAGGAAACCUGCUGCAGGGGUGUUUCCUGGAAUUGGGAACAGAAUGGGAGCUAGGGACCCAGUGGACACUGUUCUGUGUGAGAGUCUUGCUUUCCUCUGCAUAGUGGAUAUUAAUGAGCUUCCGGUGGCUCUCUGAUUUACAUUUGUCUAAGUUCCCUCCAAAGAAAGUACUUUUAACUUCAUCCCCUCCUUCCCAUUUUUUUUUUCUUUUCUCAGGUUAAGUAAUGUACUCGGUGUCACAUACAAAUAUGACUCUGUAGUCAUGCUUGUAACCACUAUUUAAUAUUAUUCAGCUGAGUUACAUUUAAACUAUGAGGUUAGAUCAUUAACAUGGUGCUGUCAGUGAGCUUGCCUUAUUGAUGAAACUUUAGAAGACUUUUAAGCAGAUAAACAUGUUAAAUUUUACUGAAACAAGCAGAAUGUGGAGUCCUUAUGCAAAUAUAUGGCUAGUGCCUCAAAAUUUGGGGACUAACAUAGCUUGUUUUAAAAACAAAAAUAAAUGGCCAUCACAGUUUUCACCAAGCCCUGUGCACCAGGUGGCAGCAGUUAAGUUACUUGUUUAUAGGGGCUGGUAAUUCCUAACGUGUAGUGCUGAUUAUAAUUUAGUGAUUCCCUCUACCCCACUGAAUUGUUAAAGAAUGAUAUAUCUUUAGUACUUGAAAGGGAUGCUAUAUAAUACUUCCUUUAAGAACGAGUAGAGAAUGAACAAAAGAACUCAUGAUGCUGAAAACAUGAUGAGAAUUUCCUGUUUGGUGUUUUCAGGUAGCUACUUUGAUACUUCAGAUGCAUGUAUGAAAAUGGAAUAAUGACAUUGGUUAAAAAUUGUUUAAAGAGGGAGGACAGGGGUUUAUAUAAUUCUAGAUAAGAUGAAUUCUUGGUUGGUGAAGAAUUAUUCUAUACUGCAUUAAAUCUUGGCCUUACCAUUAAUCAAAUACGGGGCAAGGGAAGGUCAGCUUACUGCCUUCUAGAGUCCAUAAAAGCAUCAGCAACAGCAACUUGUGAUUGGCGGUACCGGAUAUCCCCUUGCACAUCCUCACAUCAAUGCACUGCCAAUGCUCUCAGAGACUUCAUUUCCUGGUUUAGUUUGGCUGGUCUCAUUGAAGGAAACUGACAAGAUAUUAAAAGUGGGGGAGAAAAAACAACAACAACAAAAGCCAGAUGAGGAAACUGAGGCCUUAGGCUAGAACAGAGGUCUCCAGACUCAGUCCAGCACUCUUUCUAUUACAUCAUGCCACUUGGCGUUUGUCUUUAUGGAACUCAACAACAUCGUAUACAGGGGUUAUAUCCUGUGUUGUGACCUCAUGGUUUAAGUGGGAAUAAAGAUGAGUAUAAGCAGUGAUGAGGUCAACUUCUUGGUAUAUAGAUACUUGCAAGAGUCAGGAUUUUCUCAUUCAGCAUUUACCUUUGGUAUAGAAAGCCAUAUAAGUCAAUCUAAUAUAAAUGGUGCCCUUGUCCCACCUGCUGCAUUGAUUUCUAUCAUCCAGAAAGGUCUACAGUAUGUGGAGGCAGAAGUUAGUAUUAAUGAGGAUGGUACCUUGUUUGAUGGUAGACCCAUAGAGUCCUUGUCCUUGAUAGAUGCCGUAAUGCCUGAUGUGGUACAAACAAGACAACAAGCUUAUAGAGAUAAGCUUGCCCAGCAACAGGCAGCUGCGGCUGCUGCAACUGCCUCAGCUGCCACUAAUCAACAAGGAUCUGCAAAAAAUGGAGAAAACACAGCAAAUGGGGAGGAAAAUGGAGCACACACUAUAGCAAAUAAUCAUACUGACAUGAUGGAAGUGGAUGGGGAUGUUGAAAUCCCCCCUAAUAAAGCAGUCGUUUUACGGGGCCAUGAAUCUGAAGUUUUCAUCUGUGCCUGGAACCCUGUUAGUGAUCUCCUGGCAUCAGGGUCUGGAGACUCAACAGCAAGAAUAUGGAAUCUUAGUGAAAAUAGCACUAGUGGCUCCACACAGUUAGUACUUAGGCAUUGUAUACGAGAAGGAGGUCAAGAUGUUCCAAGCAACAAGGAUGUAACAUCUCUAGAUUGGAAUAGUGAAGGUACACUUCUAGCAACUGGUUCAUAUGAUGGAUUUGCCAGAAUAUGGACUAAGGAUGGUAAUCUUGCUAGUACUUUAGGACAGCAUAAAGGCCCUAUAUUUGCAUUAAAAUGGAAUAAGAAAGGAAAUUUCAUCCUAAGUGCUGGAGUAGAUAAAACUACAAUUAUUUGGGAUGCACAUACUGGUGAAGCCAAGCAACAGUUUCCUUUUCAUUCAGCACCAGCAUUGGAUGUUGACUGGCAGAGCAACAACACCUUUGCUUCUUGUAGUACAGAUAUGUGCAUUCAUGUCUGCAAAUUAGGACAAGACAGACCUAUUAAAACAUUCCAGGGGCAUACGAAUGAAGUAAAUGCUAUCAAAUGGGACCCAACCGGCAAUCUUUUGGCUUCCUGUUCUGAUGACAUGACUUUAAAGAUAUGGAGUAUGAAACAAGAUAAUUGUGUCCAUGAUUUGCAAGCACACAAUAAAGAAAUUUAUACUAUUAAAUGGAGUCCAACAGGACCAGGGACAAAUAACCCAAAUGCCAACCUUAUGUUAGCAAGUGCAUCCUUCGAUUCGACUGUUAGGUUAUGGGAUGUAGACCGAGGGAUUUGCAUCCAUACUCUGACAAAACACCAAGAGCCUGUGUACAGUGUAGCUUUCAGUCCUGAUGGCAGGUAUCUGGCAAGUGGUUCUUUUGACAAAUGUGUACACAUCUGGAACACACAGACAGGUGCUCUAGUUCACAGCUAUAGGGGAACAGGUGGAAUUUUUGAAGUUUGCUGGAAUGCAGCAGGAGACAAAGUUGGAGCCAGUGCAUCAGAUGGUUCUGUUUGUGUAUUAGACCUUCGGAAAUAGCGCUACUAGUUGGAAGCCAUGGACCGACUAUGAAUGUGUACAUAGCCAAAAUGACUGUCCCUGACCCAUGUACUGCUAUAGUCCCACUUGAACCAUGGCCAGUCCACUACAGCCAAAUCUAAGAGAAAUAUAUACAUACAAUGUAUAUAAACAAAAUUGCACCCUGAAGAUAACAGAGUUUUGUCACAGCUUGUGAAUUCUGUUCACCAAGUGCUGGAAUCUAAUCUGCUGUGCCCCUAAAAUAGUAUUUAGAAGUUUUGGAUAUGAAAACCAGAAGAGAGAAAGAAAUAUACGUUAUAAAAGCAGACCACACAUGUACCAGUUUUUGGAUACUAAUGACAGCCUUGUUUCUCCCCUUUGAAUCAGCAGACACCAUGGAUUAUAUUCUUUCUUUCUUUUUUUGUCCCCCCCUUCAGUAGUGAGCAGUUUGUAUGUAUAGAGAAAAUGGACUUACAAAAAUUUGCAGCAGUAGUUUGUUCUUGCUUUUAAAUUUUGUUUUUGGUUAAGAUUACGGAUGCAUGAAGUAAGGGAGUGAAUCAGUUUCUUGUUUAUAUUUUUUUUCACCUUUUAAACAACAAAAAAAAUCUUUAAAAUAUUUUAAAGUAUUCUUUUGAAGAGGUAGAUGUUUGGUACAUUUUAUGGCUCCCAGAGCAUAUAUUCAAUUGGUGCAUAUUGUGGAAGGAGGCAUUGGGAAUUAAGUGAAAACAUAUGACUUUGGUCAUGUCAAUCUGUAAGACACAUCAGUAAAAAGGGUAUUAUGCUCUGUUUUGUUGUUUUCUGGGGUUUUUCUUUUUCCUUUCUGUUUUGGUGAUGUGGCUUAAAUACAGUAGUUUCUUUUUGGGACAUAUUUCUGCCAAUUAAAGACUAGAAGGGCACAAAAUGGUUUUUCUGUUUUUUUUAAAUACCUUAUUGAGGAUUCACAAAAAAAUCUUUUGAUGUUUUGUAGCCAUAACUAAAUUAUGGUUAUAAUGUGCACUAUUGUGUAAAGGAGCAAAGUAGUUUUGGGCUUUUUUUGUUGUUUAUUUGUUUUGCUUUGUUUUUUAAAGAGAUUAAAAUGUUUCUGGAUAAGGAUUAGCUUCUCAAAGUGUCCAUCAUUCUGUAUAGAAGCUGAAAUUUGUAAUGUAACCAAACUCCAGUAUUAAAAAUCUCUCAUGUUAUUUUUCUUUAUGCAAAGCAAGAUAACAGCAUAUAAUACUGCCAUUACAUGGCAAAAUGUUUGCUACCUUAGUUUAAGAAACAAACUUUAAGACAAAAGACUUGCUUCAAGGUGUUUUUAGAUAGCAGUGAUUCAGAAUUUAAAAAAAAAUGUAAUUGCACUAACCUCCCUGCUGCUCUGAUUCUGCAUUUGUGGUACUUGUGACUACAUUUUUUUCAAAUAUAGAUAGAUGUACGCUGCUAUUUUUUUUUUCCAGAAAUCACUACUAUAUCCUGUCUUUUACUGUUUAUAUCAAGUAUUUUCUUAAAAGAUGCAGGUAUCAAAUCAGAUCUCCUCUUGUGCUCAUGCAAUUAAAAGUAAAAUGUACAAAUGUUAGCAUGAGACCAUGUUUAUGUGUGUGAUUACCAGGAUUUGUCAGGCUCAACAUAAGAAUCCACGAGUGUCAAUUUUGAAGGGAAUAGUUGUCAAAUUUUUAUCUUAAAAUUUUAAUUAAGGAAAUGUUUAUUAUUUAUCAAGCUUAGCAAAUUUAUAAUGCUAUUUCCAUCACUAAUUUUUUGAGGCUUUUACUGCUAAAAUUUUUAAUCUGCAUUCUAAAUUUAGUUAGAAACUGAUUUAAAUCCAAUUGGUGAUGCUUUGAUUUUCAGCAUUUGUUGUUUUGCUAUUUUUACAAAACAGCAUUGAUUGAAGCAAGUCUUGGUUUUACUAAGGUGGGGUAGCAUUUGCUAUUGGUAAAAAGAAUAAAUACACGUAAUUUUACUAUACCUUGUUAAAUGUACCCUAGUUGCUAUUAGUGGGGACUAUGAUACUGUAAUGAUAUUUUUAAAAAUUUACAUCCAGAGAGGCAGUCAUUCAUGAUGGUUUUGUGCCAGCUGUUUUUAGGGUUUUUGGAUCACAUUAGCGAUGUUAGGACUUACUACCCUGUGACUUACGUAGGAAACCUAAUAUGCUGAGUAUCUGGCACUUGAAAUUCUGCUUUUACUGCUAGAGGUCCACAUCUGUGUUUGACCUCUGUCAUUGUUUAAAAAAUAAAUAAAAAUAAAAAAUCUGUGCAAUAAUUUUUAAAUGUGCUCCCAGGAAUAGACACAAAUGUUUUGAGUAUGUUUAAGCUGCAUUUUCCUUUAGCGAUGCAUUCGUCAAUUGCACUGAAUUUAAAUCUGAAAGUCAGAGGUGAUUAUUGAUAGUACUUUUGUAUUUUGAUAUGGACAAUUUAUUCAUUUGCAUACAGCCUAAUUGACUUUUUUCCCAGCUGAUUUAAAAGAUAGUCAAGAAAUUCUGCAAUAUAGCUGCCAAAAUAGACAGCUACCUUUUUAUAGUCAUUUUUUUCUUUUCUUUUUUUUUAUUCUUUUAAAUUCUUUAGCUAUUUUACUUAAGCAUAAUAGCCACAAUAGGUCAUAUAAAAGAGUAUAAAUGCAGAGCUUUAUUAUCCUGAAGUCUUGGGUCUUUUAAGUAUAAAUUCCUCUGAAAGGUAUCCGUUUCGUAGGCUGGGUUUUCAUGAGCGUACAGUUGUUUGUUUUUGCUGCUGUUCUCGACAUCAUUGCCUGCUGAUGUGCCACCAUGCUGUUCCAAUGGACAAAAACAAGAUCGUCUGUUACCGAGCAGUAACAUGAUUGCAAGAGACCAAGUUUCACAGCCUGCAGAGUUCCAUGUUUGGGGGUUCUUACUCGUUUUUCUUCCUGUUUUUUUCCUGAGAACUUAUUCUUGAAAAUAACUGAAUCCAGUAGUUUUUUUCUAUGGAAUUCAUUAUAGAUCAUUGUUUUAUAUGCUACUGUAAGAAACUUAAUCAUAAGGAAAAAUAGGAAGGAAAACUUGAAUGAAGACUCAUUGAUUAAAGUAGAAUAAAGAGCGAGCAGCUGCCACUCUUAAACAUCAUAAAGGAAUAUUUUUUUUUCCUUUUCCACAUAGGAAAUCUCUUAAGUACUCAUAUUUGUUCUAACCCCCACAUCCUAUAAUUAAUUAAUCAGGUAAUAUCACUGACUUUCAAAUGACUAUUAGAAGUGGUAACUGAUAAUUUCCUAAUAGGUCUUAGAGUGUAUCAAAUUCUGUUUUAAUGAAUUAUUCUCUAGGUAAGUAUGUUUUAGGAUUAAACAUCUUUUACAGAUACUGAAAGUGCCUCCUUUUGUGGUGUAAAAAAAAUUAUGGUGCAAAAAGUAAUCACUAGAUUGAAUUACAUGAAGGUUUUUUGCUUUUUGACAUAUAAAAAUGUCAAGAGAAAGGCCAAAGAUUUGUACUUUUUUCACUUAACUUAUAAAGCACUCCUUUUUUCCUUAAACUUCUUUCUGUCAAAUUAGAUUUAAUGAGAGAGUACUAUUUUUAAGCAGCUAUCUGUUUAUGUAGAAUGAUUUUGUUAAGAGUAAUGUAAACUAUUAAUGAGUAGAGGCCUAAAGUGGACUGUGCAUUUUUGCUAUUUAAAGGAAUCACAAAUGAUCACACUCUGCAAGCAAAAAUGACAAGUUUUACUAGAUAAGUAGGAAUAAACCUCAAAUGCAGUGCUAUUUACUCUUUUAAGACAAUUUUCAUUUUUUAAAACACAUUGUACAUUUCUACAGACCUGUGUUUAUUUUCUCAUAUUAAGGAUGGUACUUGCAUAUGGUGAAUUACUGUUGACAGUUUCCGCAGAAAUUCUGUUUUCACUGGACCAACAUUGUGGCAUGGCAGCAAAUGCCAACAUUUUGGGGAAUAGCAGCAAACCUAUAAAGAGACCCUGGUUGUUUUUUUUUCUGUUUGUUUUUGGUUCCCUUCCUAUCCCCUCCCCUCUGUGAAUCAACAGGUGUUGAAGGAGGGUAGGGAAGUUAUGAAUUACUCCUUCCAGUAGUAGCUCUGAAGUGUCACAUUUAAUAUCAAUUUUUUUAAACAUGAUUCUAGUUAAGUGUAGAAGAGAAAAAAGUAAAUGUUCACUUUUUUAAUACACUGAUUUAGAAAUUUGAUGUCUUAUUGGUAGUUUGAGGUAUUGAUAGCAUUCUUCAUUUCUGCCUUUAUGUUGACAGUGUUGAAGCAGGGUGAAUAACUAGGGCAUAUUUUCCUUUUCUAGUAAGCUGUUUCAUGAUGUUUUCUUUGGAAUUUCUGGAUAAGUUCAAGAAAACAUUUUGCAUGUUAUAUCUAGUCUGAUGUACUUAUCCAUCUCAUUACAAACAAAAACACACAGACUGCAUUUUGUAGCUCUGUAAUCCUUUUAAAUACAGAAGUAAUUUUCUUCUUUCCUGACUUUGUAGCUAUAAUGUUUUCAGUUUGAUUUUUACAAAUCCUUUGGGUCUAAUUCUGUGAGCCUACCUAUAGCACUGGAUUAAAAUGUCUGCAUCAUUUCUUUAGUUAUCCAGUUAACUUUAAAACUGUUGUAAAAGUGUAAACCAGCCCAUGACAGUUUUUGUACAUGUUAAAGAACUUUAUUGUUCAGUUUUCAUGAUUAUUGUGUAAGGAAGACUGAUAUAGAUGUUCUAUGCUGUCCUGGACCAUGUUAAUUACACUUCUGAUGUAUUUUGUUUCUACAUCACAAUGAUUUGUCCCCAAUGACCCUUUUAUCCUUUCUAGGCACAUUUUUUUUGUUGUUGUUGUUGCAGUUUCCCUUUGCAUUGUAUUGCUUUGACAACUGUAAUUUGAAUCAGAUCUGAAAGAGGUCCAGAAUAAAAUAUAUUUUGAUAUUAUGUUGGCUGUGUACAUAUAUAAAAUCUUUGAUAUCUAUGUAGUUUGUAUAGAUUGUUUACUAGCAAAGAGAAAGGGAUGGUAUUUCUUGUUUACAAUUUCUUAUUUCCAUUUUAAUUGCUUUUUAUUCCUCCCAUGUUCUACUGUAGAAUAAACCUUUUUGCUCUGAGUUAGCCUUCAUAACAUAUAACAUGUCUGUUCUCUCCAUCACUGGUGUUACCAGUUACAAUAAUAAUUGUCAUCAGAACCUAAACCACUGUUUUCAUAAACAUUGUUUUCCAAGAUACAUAGUUAAAAGUAAGCCCAUAGAUAAAAUUAAAAUUUUUGCUAUUUUGCUACUUCUUGCAGGAGAUAAGAUUUUUUAAACUGAAGGAAUUAUUUUCUAUUUUUAUUAAAGUAUAAUAGAUCAUCUAAUCAGAUAAGGGAUAGCAAAAAUUGAUGAUGUAUUUAAAGGACAUUAUCUCACAUAAUAAAACUAAAAGAAACCCGAUUUAUUUAUUUGCUAAAGCAUGCGGUUGAAUACAAAACAAUGAGUGUGUAUUGAAGAUUUUUAGGGUAGAGGUUCAGCUUCCUUAUGACAUUUUUCCCUUCCGAUAAACUAAUUAUAAAUUAAUCAUUUUCAUCUUUAGCUAGUUGCUUAUGUUACUACAAACCUAAUAACAAUGAGAAAAGCUACUAGGCACCUCUUCCAGAUUUAAUUAAUCACAGUUCCUUUAUAGUUACUUCAGAGACUUUGUUAAGACUCUCUGAGCACAGUUUUUGUUUGGUUUGUCUAGGUCUUCUGCCUGUCUUUCCAUUUCCCCUAAAUAGGAACAAAUACAGGCAUAGCCUUAACAUGUUUUAUUAGAGAUAAGCCACUGCAGUUGCUAAAACUAAAAGCCUUUCAUUUUCAAAGGGUUAACUUUUAUUGCAUGGCAUUGAUUGUUAUUAAUACUCUGCAUUUUAUACUUUUCAAAAAGUGUUGGAACUACUAAGAAUUAGAAUUCAUAUGAGCUUGAAGUUAAGCUUAAUUUAAGCAGUCAUUGAAGGGAUUAUUUUUAAUUUCAUAGUUCUUGUAUUUACCAUGGAUUAGAUUUCUUACCUAUUAUAAUAUGUAGCCAAUUAAAGUUUACUGUUUCUUCCAAUAUAUUUAUUUGAAAAAUGCAGUGGAGGAAAAGCCACUAUGGACAGUGGUUUUAUGGUGCUUUUCUCUGCUGUACUGAAGCGUUCUGUCAACAAUGAAAUGUUAACCCUAUGCUACGUUUUCUGCAUGCUUCUUAAAUGUCAUAUCAUAUCUCAAUGCUUAAUUGUUCUAACUUGUAAUAUUUUUGUAUUAAAUUUUUUAGGAGUUCCUUGUAAUUUCUUUAUAAUUUAAAAUAUAUUAAACACAAAGUAUUUAGUAAAGUACA